UAAAGAAUUUAGAUAUUGGUAUUUUAGUAAUUUUAUUUCAUAUGUUUACUCUUGGCUGAAAGAAUGUUUAUUACAUUCACUAAGCCAUAUGUCCUGUGUGGUUUAGAUAUGUUUUUGUGGCUGAAGAUGAUGUAAACACUGCCUUUGAGAAUCUUGGAGCUUGGAGUAUGUUUGGAAAGGUGAUUGGAGAAAGAUAUUUAAAGAAUGAAGAAGACAUUCUUCUUAGAUCUAAUAACUAUAAUUAAUGACUCUGAGUCUCUAAAAAAUCUUUGAUUUAUGUUUUUGUAAUUCCUGAAAUACAGUUAUCAAAGAGUGACUUACUAUUUGUAAUCAUCAGAUUUCUCAGGCAAAGUCAAGCCUUUACAAUACUGUUUUUCCCUUGAUCUCUCAAACUUAUCUUGAUAGUCAAAGGAAUGCUGCUAUUUUUAGUGCAGAAUUUGGUGCUGAUUCUGUAUGUCUUUUCUAUCAAGUUUGUUAUAGUUGUCUCUAAAAGCUGUUUUACUAAAAAAUAUAAUAGUUUAGCAACUAUAUACCUCAUUUUACUAGGUUAAUAGAGAUGGAAAUGAUAUAUAAAAUUAAUAAACUAUGCUAGUUCUUUGAAACAGAUAAAUUAUAAAGUAUAAAUAUUUUUAAUGAAUUUUGGAAAGAGCUAAGUUUUCAUGAUUUGGUUAUCCAAAUGUGUUAAAGGGUCGGUUUAAUAAGGAAAAAUGUUUUGAAUAGUCUUAUAGUAAUUUAUCUUAGAAACAGCCUAAAUUGUAUUGUAAAUGUACUGUAGCUUCUCGUAUUUUUGUCCUUCAAAGUUAUUUGCACUUAUAUAAAUAAUUCAUGACUGUAUACAUUUUGUAAGUUGCCCAGCUGUGUGUUAAGUUUGUUACAUACCUUUCUAGAUCUUUUCCUUCCAUCCAUUUACAUCCAUUAAAACCAAGACUAGUAUGUAGGGUUUUCCCCAACACAAAUUAUAUCGUAUGUACUGGUCUACAAGUUUCGUUUUGCAUAUUUAAGAUACGUGCUAGAAAUUUCUGGUAGGGUUUUAUACAUAAAGAAAAUUUUUGUUAGACAUAGGUGAUGAGUUUUGUGAUUUGGCUUUUAUCCCCCAUCAAAAAUAAAGGAUAGACAGUGAAAUUUGAUUAUAUAUGGGUUCUGGUUAACUAGAAUUAUUCUAUCAUUCUUAAAGUUGGGGAAUUUAAAAAAAUCUUUUGAAGUAAAUAGCUUUAACUAUGUUCUAAUACAACAUACUAUAGCAGUAAGUAUAGGCUGUACCUGGGGCUUAAAGAUAUCUACUAGUAAAUAAAACUCUAAAGAAUGUCUAAAACCCUUAAAAGUAAACCUUUAAAAAACCUACAGUCUUUUUUUUAUUUCAUUACCCAUACCAAAUUUGAUAAAGUAUUUUAAGGCAGUUUUUAUUUUGAGCCAACUUGAGGGGUAACGUACACAGGAGUGUACAUAUCAUAAGUGUAGAGCUUGAUAAAACUUCACAGCUGAACAGAUUCAUGUAACUGGUGUGCAGAUGAAAAACAAUAUUAUUAAUGACCUCAAAAAGGCUAAUUUUUAAAUAUAAAACAAUCACAGAUUUAGAUAAACUUGAGAGACUUAGGUCCUGUAUCUUUUAACUUUAUUACUAACUUCAUGUGUCACUUUAGGCAGUUAUUUCAUCUUUCUGGGGUCUAUCCCUCAUCUUUAAAUUGAGGGACUGAGACUAGAUGUUUUAUUAUGACUCUAAUUAUGUAAAAGUGUAAAAAGAGGGACUGGUGAUAUUAAAUGUAGUAUAUAAGGUUGUAGGUAGUAGGAUGAGAAGAUACAGUUUAAUGUAAAAAGGAAGAUUCAUUUUUUUUCUUUUUCUUUGUUUUCCAGGUUAUAUUUCACACUAUGUGCUGACUGUACCUACAGAAACUAUUAAAAAAAAAAAGAUAAACUUUUUUCAAAGAUUUUGAUUCCAGUGGAAUCUUUGCUUUAGAUAUUGUGUGUGUGUGUGUUAGUGAAUUGUAACUCCAGAAGCAAUGCCUGUACAAGCUCCACAGUGGACGGAUUUUCUUUCCUGCCCAAUUUGCACUCAGACUUUUGAUGAAACAAUUCGAAAACCCAUCAGUUUGGGUUGUGGCCAUACUGUCUGCAAGAUGUGCCUGAAUAAGCUCCACCGCAAGGCUUGCCCGUUUGACCAGACCACUAUCAAUACAGACAUUGAGCUCCUCCCCGUGAACUCAGCGUUGCUGCAGCUAGUGGGCGCUCAGGUCCCUGAGCAGCAACCCAUUACUUUGUGCAGUGGGGUUGAAGAUACAAAGCAUUAUGAAGAAGCCAAGAAAUGUGUAGAAGAAUUAGCAUUGUACCUGAAACCACUCAGCAGUGCUAGAGGAGUGGGUCUGAAUAGCACUACUCAGAGUGUUCUGAGUCGCCCAAUGCAGAGGAAGCUAGUGACUCUGGUCCACUGCCAACUAGUGGAAGAAGAAGGCAGGAUUCGUGCCAUGCGGGCAGCUCGAUCUUUAGGUGAACGAACAGUUACAGAACUCAUUCUGCAGCACCAGAAUCCUCAGCAGCUCUCUUCUAAUCUUUGGGCAGCAGUCAGAGCUCGGGGCUGCCAGUUCCUUGGACCAGCAAUGCAGGAGGAAGCUCUAAAGCUGGUUCUUCUGGCCUUAGAAGAUGGUUCUGCUUUGUCAAGAAAAGUAUUGGUUCUCUUUGUGGUGCAAAGGUUGGAGCCACGGUUUCCUCAAGCCUCUAAAACUAGCAUUGGGCAUGUUGUCCAACUCCUAUAUAGAGCCUCCUGCUUCAAGGUCACCAAACGUGAUGAAGACUCUUCUUUGAUGCAGCUGAAAGAAGAAUUUAGGACCUAUGAAGCUCUGCGGCGAGAGCAUGACUCCCAGAUAGUGCAGAUUGCUAUGGAAGCAGGCUUACGAAUUGCACCUGACCAGUGGUCCUCUUUGCUUUAUGGAGACCAGUCUCAUAAAUCUCAUAUGCAGUCCAUUAUUGACAAGUUGCAGACUCCAGCCUCUUUUGCACAAAGUGUCCAGGAACUAACAAUUGCUCUCCAGCGGACUGGAGACCCAGCAAACUUGAACCGACUAAGACCCCAUUUGGAGCUAUUAGCAAACAUUGACCCUAGUCCAGAUGCUCCUCCUCCUACUUGGGACCAGCUCGAAAAUGGACUGGUUGCUGUGCGUACAGUGGUACAUGGGCUGGUUGAUUAUAUCCAGAACCAUAGCAAGAAAGGCGCGGAUCAACAGCAGCCUCCACAACACAGCAAAUACAAAACAUACAUGUGUCGAGACAUGAAGCAGAGAGGAGGAUGCCCUCGGGGGGCCAGCUGUACGUUUGCACACUCGCAGGAGGAACUGGAAAAAUUUCGUAAAAUGAACAAACGCCUGGUUCCCAGAAGACCCCUGAGUGCCUCUUUGGGUCAGCUUAAUGAGGUGGGCCUGCCUUCAGCAGCUAUCCUUCCAGACGAAGGUGCAGUGGAUCUGCCUAGCCGAAAACCCCCUGCUCUGCCCAAUGGGAUUGUGUCAGCAGGGAACACAGUAACGCAGCUAAUUCCACGAGGGACAGACCCCAGCUACGAUUCUAGUCUGAAACCAGGAAAGAUAGAUCAUCUGAGCAGCAGUGCCCCUGGAUCCCCUCCUGAUCUGCUAGAAGCUGUCCCCAAGAGUAUUUCUGCCUUACCUGUGAAUCCGCAUCCUGUACCUCCAAGGGGACCAACAGACCUGCCUCCUAUGCCUGUCACCAAACCCCUUCAGAUGGUACCACGGGGUUCACAGUUAUAUCCUGCACAGCAGGCAGAUGUGUAUUAUCAGGAUCCUCGAGGAGCCGUUCCACCAUUUGAACCAGCACCGUAUCAGCAGGCUCCAGAAUCACAUCACUUGAGGCAGAAGUCUGAAAAUUGGGAAGCCACUCUAGAGGAUGCAGUAGCUGCUAGGUCUGCACCAGAUCUCCUUCCAGGUGUGUACUACACUGCACCACAGUGUGUGUCCCGCUUUGUCCGACCUCCACCAUCUGCUCCUGAGCCCGGUCCUCCCUAUUUGGAUCAUUACCCACCCUACCUCCAAGAUCGUGUUGUAAACUCUCAAUAUGGCACACAGCCACAACAGUACCCACCUAUGUACCCACCACACUAUGAUGGCCGUCGAGUAUACCCUGCUCAGUCUUAUGCAAGAGAGGAGAUUUUUCGAGAAAGCCCCAUACCCAUUGAGAUUCCACCUGCAGCAGUACCAUCCUAUGUACCAGAAUCCAGAGAAAGAUACCAACAGGUGGAGGGUUACUAUCCAGUGGCUCCUCAUCCAACUCAGAUCAGACCUUCGUACAUCAGAGAGCCUCCUUAUAGCCGGCUUCCUCCUCCCCAGCCGCACCCUAGUCUAGAUGAGCUACAUCGAAGACGAAAGGAAAUAAUGGCCCAACUAGAGGAACGGAAAGUGAUCUCUCCACCUCCUUUUGCACCUUCACCAACAUUGCCUCCUACCUUCCACCAAGAGGAUUUAUUGGAUGAACAUGACUUGAAGGUAGCUGGGAAAUACAAAGGAAAUGACUAUAGCCAGUACUCUCCCUGGUCAUGUGACACCAUCGGCUCCUACAUUGGAACCAAAGAUGCAAAACCCAAAGAUGUUGUGGCAGCAGGGAGUGUGGAAAUGAUGAAUGUGGAGAGUAAAGGAAUGAGAGACCAGCGGUUGGAUCAUCAGAGAAGAACCACAGAAACCAGUGAUGAUGACCUCAUCCCAUUUGGAGACCGACCAACAGUAUCUCGGUUUGGUGCCAUCUCUCGAACUUCCAAAACAAUAUAUCAGGGUGCUGGCCCAAUGCAGGCUAUGGCACCUCAGGGAGCUCCCACAAAAUCUAUUAACAUUUCAGAUUACAGUCCAUAUGGAACCCACGGUGGCUGGGGAGGGUCUCCCUACUCACCUCAUCAAAACAUACCUUCUCAGGGACACUUCAGUGAGAGGGAGAGAAUAUCCAUGUCAGAAGUGGGCAGUCAUGGCAAAACCCUUCCAUCUGCUGACAGGGAACAGCUACGACUAGAAUUGCAGCAACUAAACCAUCAGAUUAGCCAACAGACCCAGCUCCGUGGACUAGAGGCUGUUAGUAACAGGCUGGUGUUGCAGAGGGAGGCGAACAGCCUGGCAGGCCAGUCACAGCCACCACCACCACCACCACCUCCAAAAUGGCCUGGAAUGAUCUCAAGUGAGCAGUUGAGCUUGGAACUGCACCAGGUGGAAAGGGAAAUCGGGAAGAGAACCCGGGAACUGAGUAUGGAGAACCAGUGCUCUCUUGAUACAAAAAGCAAAUUGAAUACAAGUAAGCAAGCAGAAGAUGGACAACCGGAGCCGCAAAGGAAGGUUCCAUCUGAGGACCUUACAUUGGCAUUCAGUGAUGUACCGAAUGGAUCAGCCUUGACACAAGAGAAUAUCAGCCUCCUGUCCAACAAGACCAGCUCUCUGAACCUGUCAGAGGACCCUGAGGGAGGAGGAGACAACAACGAUUCCCAGAGAUCAGGAGUUACUCCCACUUCUGCUCCCUAAAAGCUGAGGAGUCGUACUUUUAUCUUCUGCUCCAAAUCAAUUUGUGGGGCAUAGGGGUAGAAGAACAGUAACCUCUUAACUUCUUCUCUGAGAGUGGUCAGAGAAGUCCAGGAAGAGCACCGGAGGCAAUGUGCACAAACACCACUACUAAAAACAAACCCUGCACAUAGAUCACAUUAAUGCAUUUUUUAAUUUAAAAAAAAGAAAAAGAAAAAGGAAAUUAGCAGUAUCUGCAAGCAAUUCAGAUUAAAUUUGUUUUUGUUCUGUGAAUGAACUUUAUUUUAAUAACUUUGGACGCCUUGGAUCCAGGGCUUUAAAAAAAAGAAGAUAUUAUAUAUACACUCUGUUUGAUUAAUUGUAUGAUCUUAAUGAAGUAGGUUUUUCUUGUAUUUUGGUAUUAUUACAUACCCAGUGUAUAAUUCCUUCUCCUCAAUCCUUUCCCACUCUCACAACCCCGUAAAUUAAAACAGACAAAAAGCACCGGCUUUUCUGAGAAUUGUAUGGUGCUUAACAAACAAAAAGACAGUAACAGACCAGUUAUUAGAAAAUGUGCAGCAAACCAAGGUUUCUGAGAGCUGUCAUUUGGAAGCCAUGAUUACCCUUUCCUCUCUGGGUCACUAUCUUCAUGCGUUAGGUAUGUUUUCCUAUGUCAUUUAAACUUUUUUUGUUGUUUAGGGGGGUUUUAUUUCUUGUUUUUGUUUUUAACUUUUCAGAGAUAAUUGCCAGACAAUAAAUUUUUGAAGUCCUCAGGUCCAUGUUAUGGGUCCUUUUCAUUCUCUUAAUGUGAUCAGAAAGCCGUGCCAGUGUCUUAGAUUGUUGGUUGGAUUUAAAUGGAUAUUAUUUUAAGAAUGAACUGUAAUUUAUCAGCACUGGAAAUACAUCGUUAGUGUAUGACCUACAUUGAACUGAUGGUUGGAAAUUUGGAUCAGUGCUUUUCCAAAUUGAACUUUGAAAUCAGAGAAUGUUAAAAAAAACAAAACAGCACAAUCAACCAUGUUUUAAAACUGCAACACUUGAUUUGAACUUAAAAUGAACAGAGCCACAUUAUUUCACUGGAUGCUUGUGUUUUACCCUUAAAACCCAAAAGUACAAAGUAAAAUCCCUAUAUACUGGCGCUCCUGGCUUUCAGAGAUUUUCCUGGAUCCUGAGGGUAGUUUGUGAAUUGACCAGUUGUGGCUGUUCAGAAUCAUUAGAACAAGUAGGCAGUAAGUACCUAGAAGUUAAUUUCCAUAGACUUGGCUUUAUAAUACUGAAAAGAUUCUUCAUGAAAACAUUGAAAAGAAAAAAGAAAAAUUUUGAUUGUUUAGUUCUGCUGCACAUAUUCUGAUGGCCCAUGUCUGUACUGAACUAAGACCCUAUAAAACAUGUUGGGUGUGGAUUAUUGGGUAUAGUCGCCCUCCCCAUCCCUCUGUUUGCCUGUUUUGUAAAAUUUCCCUUUCUGGAUUAUACUUCUAAAACAGAAAGCACUGGUUAUGUAAUAAGUUACUGCAUUGCUUUGGUUGGGUAAAAGCAAGAGUCUGUAUUUUUCUUGUUUCUUAUUUUCUUAACCCAGAACUCCUGCUGAGGUCAUAACAGCCUCAGUCUAAGCUCUGUGUCCAUCAUACUGUUAAGUGAAUCAGAUUGGGGGAGGGGGGAGGGUAAUACAGUCCUGCAGUUGCCUACCAGUAGGAGAGUCCAAACAGAACACUCUUUUGAGUAGCGAUUAUUUAAUUUGCCCAGUCAAGGCACCGUGUUUAUAUACUAUUUCACAUUGAAUUUGAUUAUGCCCUACAGACCUGGCUGGUCAAGGAUUUGAUAUACACAUAUUGGCUUGGGAUUCGAGCUUUCUUUUUUAUUUAAAUAAAAAUUUAUAUAUAUUAUAUAUAUACAUAUAUACAUAGCUAUAUCUGUAUAUAUAUUGGGUAUGUUUUAAGGAUUAUUUCGCAUGAGCGCAGCUGUUGCGAUAAAAUGACUGAUUGGGAGGUAGAAGCACUGAAUGAAGAUAAGGCAUUUUUUUUCCAUUUGAAGUCCAUAUUUUUCUGUUUUGUUAAUAUACUUGCUUUUGUGCUUUUUUGGUUUUGCUUAAAACCCUCUUAUAUUUACUCUAAGUUUUGGGGGAGAAGGAGAGAAACUUUGUGUGUCUGACAGAGUAAGAGUUUUCAUUUCUCUGUAUAACCGUAAAAGGCAACGUUCUUGGCCUGCAACCUUCUGUAGGCAGAGUUGGGCAGAUCUUACUUCUCCUUUGGACAUGUUAGGUGAUUCCUAAAUUUUAGAAGCAGUUGGUUCAAUUUGGAGCUCAAAAUGAUUCUGGUAUUAGAAGGAAACUUAGGGAUACUGAUUUUGUUAAAGUUCAGAAUAAAAGUAAAAUUCCAUUGGGUCUAUAUUGUAGCCCUAAUAACUUCUGUUACUCUUGUGCCCUUCAAAUGCACUCUUUCUUGCUUUCACCAUUUUGAUUUUCAAAACUACUCAGGAACAGGGAUUAAUUUAUAUAGUGUUCCUUUACUGAAUAAAACCAGGAAAGCCACUGUUUUGAAUUGAUUUAAAAUAGUUUCUUUUACUUUUUUAGUUAUUUUUAUUUGGAGGGUAGGGAGGUCUCUGAAAUUGUAGCCUUAAUUCUCGCUGUACCUCUCUAAGGCCCCAUGCUUUUAAGGAAAGCUGGCUGUGUGGAAAGGCAGGGGAAUAGGGUACUGUCCAUGUGCCCGUAACCUGCCCACCUUAAAUAGGUCAUUCUGCCUUCCUUCUUGGGUACUCUUACAACUUUCCUAGUGCUCACAAGCAGUUUUAGGAUAAAGUCUCCGAAGUUUGGGGUUCUUUUUCCCUUUUCCAUUUUUCUGUGAUAUAUGUUAUGAUACGAUGAGCCUGUAAGAGGAAGUGGCCUGUUUUGGCAAAAGUACUUAACUCUUUAACUGCCUUUUUUGUCAAAAAUCUGUGAAAGGCAUUGAUUUUUCUAGCUUUUAAAUUUUAUGCCAUUAAAAACAGUUAAGAGGGUAAACCGGUCAUAUGGGAAAUACGGAAAUACAGUUUUUAUGCUUUCUACUUAUUAAAAUAUUAAUUUCUCUUUAAGGUGACUAUUUGCUUUCACCGAAUUCAAAAGCAAGACUCGGUCGGACAUCUCAGAUGAACAUGAACAAUUCUGAGAGGGCCAGGGUGGGAAUAAUCACAUGUUCACUCUUGUUUAGGUAAAACCAGGAUUUUAUUAUAGCUGGAAUAUAAAAGUACUAUGACAUAUUUGUUCACGGGGUCUCUGGCACAGUGUAGAAGAACUGACAAUAAGAUGUCUAGACUCUGUUUCUUACAUGUAGUUCUUUUGCCUUACUGAUAGAUACUGUUACAAGGUAAGUCCAGUAGCUGCCCUAUUUUCUUGUCUUGGCUAAUUUACAGAAGCUAACUUGACCAAAGAGCCAUUCCUUAUUACUUUUCUAAUAAAAAAUUAGUUAUAGCAUAGGUUUAUACUAAUAUUACUCAAAUGAUAAGACACUAUUUCUAAUGCCAGCUACAAAUAUUCAACUACUCAGAAUGUAUACAACUUACCUGGUACAGCAUUAAUGUGGCUGAGUCCCUUCCUCAUCCGUUUCCCUUGCCUUCUCACUGUUCAUGUAUUUCUUCUUUUGCCUAAAAGACACAAAAUUGGUAUGAUUCUCAUUUGCUACCUAGAAAGUUACACUUUGUAUAACUUCAUCAGACUUUCCAUAGGUCUUCAGGGUUGGAGCUCAAAGUUGUUUUUCUCUCUCUCCCUUUUUUUUGUUUCCUGGCCCUUUUCUAUCUUGCAAAUUGCCCUUGAUUUACCCACUGCCCUCCCCAAUCUGCAACAGUGACAGUUUGCUGCCUCAAAACAGAGCAUUCAAAUGAAUUCGCUUAGCCAAUAACUUCUGUGAAGUUGCCUUUUCUAAUGGUGUUAUUACUCAGUGAUGCACAAAUGUGGUAUUUGCCCUACUGGUAGGCAAACAAAGGUCUGGUUCAGAAUGGUAACCUGCUGUUUUUUUCUUUUUUCUUUUUUAAAGGAGAGCCAAAGACUUGUGCUUUACUCUGUUUUGGUUUGGGGGAAGUAGCCAUUUUGAUUGUGAAACCUUUCAGUAUUUGUGAGUUGAUUGUACUGUGUAAGUAGACUUAUCUAAGUUAACUGAUAAAGUUAGCUGGCCUUAUAAAAUGUAAAAGUAAUGAAAAUUCAUCAGUUUCUCUUUCAUCAGGGAAUAUCAUCUUGUACAAUAUUAUGUAUAAGCGGUCUCUUUCUCCCUUUUUUGAGACUGUCUUGUCAUGAUAGCAUCUUGUGUGUUUUUGUUUUUUUACUUGUGCCUAAAGAACAGUUUCCUAUCACUAUGGUCAAGUCAUGGGACUGGUGAGAAAUAGUUAACUACAGGCUGUGUAUGUCAGAUUUUAUUCAGAUUAAGAGAAAAAUAGGUUCUUUUCACUAAAGAGUAUUUGGUUGCUAUUACUUGUAUACAAAUGAAGAUUGGUGGAGGUCUUACCAUCUUUCUUCCACUUUCUUUUUGCUCUUUUUUAAGAAUUGAGUAAAGGUUUCAUAUAUAAAAAUCUAUCUGUAAAAAGCAGCUGUAAUGCUUUAUAUUUUAUUAAAAGGAAAGGCCCCGUUACUUUUUAGGAGAAAUUAAUAACCUGCCUGGAAAUUAACUGCAGUGUUUGCUUAGAUUUUUACCUUAAAAGAGUCCAGUUCUAUUUUUUAUUUGGUAUAGUGUUCUCUUCCUGAAAAAUCUGCCUGUCCUUGUAGAUAAAAAUUAGAGCUCUAAACAGUCACUUUCAACAUUAGGGAUUGGACAAGCAAGCAGUCUGUUACUGUUGUCGUUUUAUCCAGGUGCCUGUUUGCCAGCCCACAGUCUCUCUACCUUGGACAGCUGUGAUUUUUAUAUUUAUUUGUUGCUUUAGCUCAGCUUUAUGAAAUUUUCCUGCUGAAAUGACUUAUUGGGAGUUGUAGGUGGGUUGCAGUUAAUAUUUUUUUUAACUCUUCAACUUUUCUGAGCCACUUGAAAAAGAAAGCCGUUUUUGUCAAAAGGUACUGUUAAUUAUAGUAAAUACCAACUUAAGAUUUGUUUUUUAAGAUUUCUUUGACUGCUAAAGAUAUUUCACAUGUAAUAGAGUCUAAUUGAUAAGUAAUCUAGCCUGUAAUGUUAAGAAUAGGAAACUGCCACCACCAGGAGGAAGGAACCCCUUCUAAUAACUGUUCCCAGUAGGUGGAUUUUCAAUACUGCACUGAACCAAGUGGGUAAAGGGAAUUUUGAAAUCCUACUGUGAUAUAGGGACUUACCCACCACUGGAAUCUUUGUUUUCAGAGCCUCUGAACUUUCAGCCGAACACUGAAUCUCCCCUAAACUUUAUUCCUGAGCAAAAACAUCCCUAGAGUAAAACCUUUAUUUUCACAAGAAAAUAGGCACAAUAACCCAAGAGAGAGAACUUAAACCUCAAGACAAUAUUGUGUCCAAAAAUGUAUAUUUAGAAAAACAAAAUCCUGUGGAGUUUAGUAUAUUAUAUACUACAUAAGGUGAGUUAUUUUCUUGUAUUGAGGUCUCACUGUUUCUGGUUGGUUAGGGUUUUUGUUUUGUUUUGUUUUGCUUUGUUUUGUUUUUAACUCUAAGUAGACAGAGCUCACAAGUCUUUGGCAUCCAUUCUAGAUUGUACACUCCAGAGAGUCAUCUUAUAACUGGAAACUGUCAGGUAGCCCCUACCCCACCCCAGCUGGUACAUGAAAGAGUCAAGAAAAGGGUGGAAACAAACUGUUGGGUGGAUAAUUGGUUGUCUGGUGGUGGUUUUGUUUUGCCUGAUUUAAAAAAAUCAUUUAUUAGUAUAAUAUCUGAACCACCCUGUAAAAUAUUCCUCUAAUUUGAAGGCAAUUUAAGCUUUUGUUAUUUUCACAUCCUCUGUUCAACUCAUACACUGCCCUGAGAACUGCUUGUUUCAGGUGUAUUGGCUGAGUUUUCAUUGUCUCCUGUCCCCUUCUCUUCCCACCUUCUGGGAAUGAAAGGAACUUGACGGGGGGAAAAACUUCUCUUCUUCAUUUUAUUCAUUGGACCUCAUUACCUUACUUUAUGAUGAAUCUAUGACUUUUUGGGACAAGAACAGUGGAAAAGUGGAUUAAGAUAAUGAAGAAAAUCUCUCACCCACUUAAACAUUUUCCAGUUGUGAGAUUCCUCUUGGGUGUGGUCUCUUCCUUGUCACCCCCGUUGCCCUUUUCCCCUGACUAUGGUCAAUUUGGUCUUUAGGCUCAUACCAGUCUCCCCGAGACAUUCUGCAGUCAUUAUCACCUUUUUGGGUGGAUUUUAUUUUGUUUUACUUUGUGUUUUUUUUUAAAAAAAAUAACUUUUUAACAUUGAUGCAUACUUGCUUGGGAUAGAGCUUGUGUAAUUUACCAAUCGUAUUGAUUGUAUGUGACUGUGCCCUGCAGAGGUAUAUUUAACAAGACAAAAUAAUCUAGGUUAAUAAAGGAGCCCAUGAGAUUUGAGUCAGAUUAUGAAUGAUUUCAUGAAAUCACAGUUUUGCAUAGUGAAAUUUAAAUGUCCUAUUGUUAAAAAUCAGUGCUAGACUAAAUACUUUUUAAUAAAUUUUCCUGUAUUCCUAUUUUUUCCUUGCCUCAGCUCCAUGUUCUUUCUUGCCUGCCUCCACCACCUGUUCAAAAAUAAAAAUAUUGAGCCUUAAAGUGAGAGCUGAUUUUUAAAUUCCUGAAGUUUGUGAAAUUUUACGUUUUCCAAGUGUUUUCAACUUAAAGAAAGUGAAGACAGACAGUGGGUUGGAAUCUCACAAGGUGUGAAUAACUCCCUAGCAUUUCCAAAUGGAAAUCUUACUCGAAGACUUUGUUUCCUGGAAGCUCUUUUGGAAUAAGGAAAAGAACCCCGUUUGAAAUGGACCAUUUUCCUCUCUUUAAAUCUGUUUAGAGUUCCAAUUUUUAAAACAGCCUUCAAAUCAAGUGAGGUCGAAAAACAAAUAGUAGGAAGAUGUUUGGGGCAGCAGAACUUGGGUCUGAGUAAGGACGUGGCCUGCUUGUUGCAGGUUUUGAGAGGAUUGGGGCCAUCUGUUUCAAUUUCGUAUUAUUUGUGUGCAUGUUUUUAUAUCUAAGAUGCCACAUUUUGUUAAAAUGCUGUCUCCUUUCUUUAUUACCUUGGAAACUGACUCAACCUCAUGUUGCUCCUAAUUAGUGUUUAGGGCUCCCAUGAGUUGCAGAUAAAAGGGUUCUUUUAACAAGUAGAAGGAGGUGAUUCACCUUUUGGUUUGUAAAUAAAUGAAAGUGUCUACAAGGUCUUUAUCUGCUUUCUGUCAGCAUUUAUAUUAAAUGAUAAAUUAAUGAGGA